AUGUCCGGAGCAAGAUGGCGAGCAAGCGAGCGAGUGACGUCAUCACAACAACAGCAAGCUGCUACACGAGGUGUAGACGACGACUCGUGUGAUAACACUGCCGCUCCUCAACUGAUAACAAUGUCGCCGCGCAAUCACUACCAACAAGAUAACAACUCUGAUAAGAAGAACUGCAGCUACCAUCAAGAAGAUAACACUGCCACUCCUCAACUGAUAGCAAUGUCGCCACUUAAUCACCAACAACAAGAUAACAACUCUGAUAAGAAGAACUGCAGCUACCAUCAUGAAGAAGAUAACACUGAUGCUCCUCACUGUCUUAGAGACGGUCUCCACAUGCCAAAAUGGAUCUCUGUGUUAUUUGGACACGCGACUACAUCAAACUCAAUCAUUUGUAGAGAUUUUAAUGCCCAUCAUCGAUUGGCACUGGGUUCGAACACAACAAAUGAGACCGGCAUUCACAUUGCACAUCUAAUAGACCAGCUUCCAGAAAUCCAAAUCCUAACCAAGAAUAAACACCCACCCACAUCCAAGGAGGAUAACAAGCCAGAGGAAUGUUCAGUGUGUUAUAACGAUUAUGAUGACAAUCAGCUACGGCCUCGCAAUCUGCCGUGUGGCCACACAUUCUGCUCCCAGUGUAUUGACAAUGCUAUCAAGAAUGAUCAGCUGUCCUGCCCCAACUGCCGUGCCGAGCACGCUGCCACAGCUGCUACCCAGUUCCCAAUUAGCUAUGCUGUGGAGGCUUUAGUUAGGAAACUCAAAAAUAUCCAGCUAACAACUGAGGAAGUAGUGCCAGCAAAACCUUAUGAAGGUCCCGCCAGAGGCAUCAGUAAGACGUUACGUUCCAUGGUGCAGGAGCAGAAGAGCAUCAUCAGCAGCCUCAUUACUACCUGUGAAGAGGUACUGUCCCAGCUGGGGGAGUACCGGGGAGAGCUGGGGGACUGGAAGACUCACCACCUCCAGCUCCAGGACAGACUCUAUGCUCUGGUAGAGCAGAACAAGUCAGCAAUGAAGCUCUUGGAACUGGAGGAUACCAGUGUGGUGGAUAUGACAACACAAGGAGAGGAAGGGAAGACUCAGCUGCAGGCCAUGUUGGGGAGCCUCGACACAGUCAACACCCCACAGGAGGUUGGCACAACCAUAGACACAGCUGAUGAGUGCAGCAUGAAGGUAGAAGAUUGGCUCCAGAAGUGCCAGACACUCUUCCCAGAUGUAAAGACUGUCCACACCUCAGUGAAGGUGCAGGAGACAAUCAGGGAGGCCCUGGACAUGAUGACCACAGAGACAGGUGCCACAGCUGACCCCGUACACCUGGGAGACUCAGCCUCCAGCAUCAUGGAUAAAGUUCAGGAAAUCACUGGAGAGAUCCCCCAGAAGCAAUUAACAGUAAGUUUUUUAUUUUCUCUCAUAGGUCAUAUCACAAGAUAUUGAGUUGCAUUUUGAGGA